AGGGGCUCCUCGGGUGAUGGGAGAAGGGAUCCAUGGAUAACACGGCCUUGGGAGCGCUGCCAUCCAUGGGCACAUCAGGGGCCUCUCCAGGGGUCCCAGCUCCGUGGGCAGUCCCUGGGGGUUGGGUGGGGAAGGGGAGCACGGCUGAAGGGUUUGGAGUCCAGAACCCCUGUGAGCAGAGGUGUGGGGAGAGUGGAGCUGUGGAGACCUGAUCCCACAGUGGAUAAAGCUGGAGUUUCACCCAUCUUCUGACAACAUUUUCCCCCCCCGAAAAUAGAAUUCCUGCUUCUCUUGAGCUGUAACAGUCAUGGCAGGCAAAAUCCCAGGUGGUUGUUUGGAUACUGUGUCCUCAGCAAAGCCUGACAGAACUUUUGUGAGUGUCCCAAGGCUUUGCUGCCCUUGGCAUGAAACCCAAGGUUUCAUCCCAAGGUUUCGUCAAGAACAUCUCCUUGGAGAGCUGCAGGUGGGCAGCAGAAUGGAAACCCAAAGUGCACAGAUUAAAAAAAUGACAAAAAAUCACUAAAAAAAAAAUCCCAAAAAAAGCUGAGUGUUGCCCUCAGCAUCUGUUCCAGAAGGGUCAGACAUCCCAUUGCCAGGGCAAGGCCUGGGGCACCGGCUGGGGGAAGGUGAAGGGGCAUUCCCAAAGAACAUAUCUGAAGGAAAUACAAUUCCAGUGGCUUUUUUGUUCUCCAGUGGCAUCCCAGAACCAUUUCCCCCCCUGGUUAGCCAGUGAGCUGUAAUUACAAUCCUGGUUUCUCAGUGGCAUCACCUGGAGCACGACCCCGUGCCGGUCACUCCGCGGUUACUCCACGUUGUGGCUCCGUCGUGCUCCAGCCUGGGCUUGGUCCCUGCAGCCGCCAGGUGCCUUCCUGUCCCUCCUGCCCAGCCCAGGGCAGGAGCUCUGCCAGGGCUGCCUGAGGUGACAUCUCUGCACUGAACCAUCUCCUGGGGGACUUCAUCACCGUUUGCUCAUCCGGUGGGUUUUGUGCCGAUCCAAGAGCCCCCUUUCCUCAGUGGUUCAGUUCCCCUGGCUGGGUGAACUCUGGGAGGUGGCAGAGCCCCAGUUCCUACCCAGAAGGCUGUGGAAGAGGUGCCCUUGGGUGCUCCCAAGGCAGCCUCAGCCCUCACACGCUCUUUGCCAAGCCCAGCUUUAAAAUAAAACCUUCCCAGCUGCUUCUUCCAGAGGUGAAGUUCAGUUCCUGCCUCCCCUCCCAGCCCGGGGUGCCCAGGGAGAGCCCUGGGCAAGGGGAGGCUCUGAGAGGGCGUGUGGGGGCUCUGGGUCCAUGAUUUGGGAGCGUGGCUGUUGGCCUGGGGAAUUCCGUGCUUUGGACACCACAGGCCAGGAAAACCCACCCAAACAGGAGAGUGUUUGUGUGCUUUGGGCACCACAGGCCCCCAAACCCAACCAACCAAGGGUGGGGAGGGCCCUGAUUCUGAGGAGACCUUGUAGUGUCUGUUCACAGGGUGAGGGGCGGGGGCUCCGUGGAAUGAAAACCCCCAAAUGUGAUGCACAGGAAAGAGCUGAGGGGCUGGGGAGCUGUGCCAGGGCAUAUCCAGGGCGUAUCCAGGGCAUAUCCAGGGUGUAUCCAGGGUGUAUCGGGGGUGUAUUGGGGGUGUACCCAUCUUGCUGAUGUUGAGUCUCUUGGGGACUUGCUGUGAACUGGUUUAGACUGGGGCUCCUUGGGUUGGUGCUGCCCCCAGAGAAUUCCCGUGGCCUCGUCGCCGCUGCCACCGCACACGCCGGGGCUGGAGCUGUUCCUGCACUUCCAGAGGGCACUUCCCAUCCCUGUUGGCUCCUGGCUCCAUGACAUGUCCUGUCCCUCUCGCUCUUCUCCUCCUGACUUGGUUGUUUCCCUCUUCAGGGCAAAAGGAAUGUGCCACCCUGGAACCCCGACUGUGCUGGGCUUUAGGAUUGAGUCUGGUUUUCCAGAGCAGCCUGGGCAGGGCAGAGCUGGAGGCUCCUUGGAAGCCUUUGGCCUUGGAGGCUGUCGGGUGUGUUGGUGUUGGGAGCAGUCGUGUGUAUCCCUGAAAAGCCUGGAUUUAGGUGUUUGUUUGGGCCUGCUCUGCCCUUGGGGCGGUGUCGGAUGGAUCCGUUCCCUUUGCUGAGCCUGGAUUUGGGUUGUGGUGCUUUGCAGGUGUGAUGGACCCGUCACAACUCUUCCCUUUGGGAUCAGAGCAUUCCAGAACCGGAGCUCGAGGAGGGUCCUGUGUCUGCUGUCCCAGGGCAGCAUGUGAGAGCUCCAUGUGCUGGGAAUGGGGACUCCAACCUCUGUCCAUGGGCUGGGAGGGACUUUGUGCCAGGGAUUUUUAGUGCUCUGUAUUAAUAAGUAUUGUCUCGGCUGGUUUGGGGUUGUGGACAGAAGGUACUGACAGGGGGGGUUCUCCAUCCAAGCAAGAAACAGAUUUUGAGCAAAAAAGGGUCCCAAACUCGAGAACAUCCCAAACUUGAGACCAUCCCAAACUUGAAAAUGUCCCAAACUUGAGAACAUCCCAGACCCGAGAACAUCCCAAACUUGAGAUCAUCCUAAACCUUAGAACAACCCAAACUCUGGAAUAACCCAAACUCAGGACCAUCCCAAACUUGAGACCAUCCCAAAUUUGAGACCAUCCCAAACUCAGGAUCAUCCCAAACUUGAAAACAACCCAAACUGAAGACCAUCCCAGCCCCGGGUGUAGCUCAUCCCACCUCAGAGGAGCCGAUGACCCCGAGCUCCCGUUUCCCGGGGGGACAUUCUCGACUCCAGAGGCGGUGCCGGAUCCCAGGCUCCGGAGUUGGGCUCUCUGAGCACACCGUGCCCUUCCUGGGAAAUCUGAGGGCAGCUCGGGGAGAAGUUUGAAGUCGUGGUUUUACCUCUGCAGGGCAAGAUCCAAACCCCAAACCCCCGUGGCCGGGGGAGCGGCGCAUUCCAGCCCCGGAAUUCUGCAGCAUUAAUUAAUAAUUCCAGGUGUCAGUUAAUUAGUGACGUGUGGCAGGUGACACGAAUGGGGACCUCGGGGUUGGACCAUCUCUAGUGUUCAGUUCAGUGAAAGUUUAAGACUCUUUGGAAGAUGGGUUGGAUCAACUCUGGCUUUGGGAUGAGAAGGAGAUUUCUGAUCCUGGUUUCCCUCCAUGGUUGCUGCUGGUGGGAAUUCCUGGCAAACCCACUUUUCCACGGACAUUUAUGACUGAACUUUGUGACAGAUGUACAGAAAAUGAAACAAUUUGGCUCCUCAACGUUGACUUUUCUCAUCCAAACCUCACUUACCUCAUCCCUGGAAGGGCUUUGUGGUGAUCUCCUGCUUGGAUUUGUACAGGAAUUCCCUGUGUUUCCGGGGGCUGUCCCCCCUCCCAGCAACAGUGGGACAGUGGGACAUUCCCCUGUGUAAAGUGUAUUUUUGUAUCUGAUGCUGAUGGGGAGGGAGGGAUGUUCUUCCCUCCCCGGCGUCGGGGCUUUUCUAGAGGGCAGAUCCUUCCCCUUCUAUUUUUGAUUCCCUCAGAUUCCUUGGACAAGAUGUAAACUAUGAAAAAAAAUCUUUUAUCCUGUAAUUUUGAUGCUCAGAGGUAGUUUUGCAGAACUUUGUAGGAAUUCUAGGAAUGCUGUAGAGAUUCCCCUGCUGGUGGUGGGUUUGGAGCGAGCUCUGGGGUGUGUCCCGAGGGCCUCACGUGUGUCCUGCCGUGGGCAUGGCAGUUGUUCCUUGUUCCUCACAGCUGUUCAUGGUCUUCACGGUUGUUCCAUGGUCCUGGCAGUCGUUCCAUGGUCCUGGCAGUCAUUCUGUGCUCCUCCCCUUCUGUGGCAGUGACUUUGCACUGAGACUUCACCCCUUUCCCUGCUCCUCUCUCUCAUCAUCCCAAGGUUCAAACUCCAAACAGUGGCUCACUGGCCACAGCACAUCUGGAAAAAUGGCUUUGUGUGGAAAAUCCACCCCUUUCCCCUUUCCCCCUUCCCCUUUCCCCUUUCCCCUUUCCCCUUUCCUCUUUCCCCUUUCCCCUUUCCUCUUUCCCCUUUCCCCUUUCCCCUUUCCCCUUUCCCCUUUCCCCUUCCCUUCCCUUCCCUUCCCUUCCCUUCCCUUCCCUUCCCGACCUGUAUCCUGUUAAUUUGCAUGUAAUUCCCAUAUCACAUCCCUGCUAUUCCCAUGGGAAGCUCCAAGCUCCUCCUCUUUCUCUGGACCUGCUGUGGCUUUCCCAAGAACAGGCAUUUUGCUCCCUCGGGCACCUCCAGCUCCGAGCCCUCGGAGCCCUGAGCUCUCCAGGGCACAGCACUGAUCCAAGGGGAAGGUCCAGUGUAAUCCCAGGGCCUUGGAUUCAGUCUGGAAGGAGCCAUUGCUUCUCAUUCCAGCUUGGAGCCAAGGCAUGUUCCAUCCCCAGGACACAGGGAAGGGGAACAUCCUGCAUCCCAGAGCCCACGCUGUGCGGACAGUGACCAUUCCCAAAUAUCCCACUGUUGUUCCGAGUGCCUUAAAUCCAUCCAGAUCCCAGCAAAGGUAUUUCUGUUCCCUGUGCUCUUCCUCUUACACCUCUCAGCUACUUAUCCCUGUAUCCCAGUCAGUCCAUCCCUGUAUCCCAGUCAGUCCAUCCCUGUACCCCAGUCAGUCCAUCCCUGUACCCCAGUCAGUCCAUCCCUGUAUCCCAGUCAGUCCAUCCCUGUAUUCCAGUCAGUCCAUCCCUGUAUCCCAGUCAGUCCAUCCCUGUACCCCAGUCAGUCCAUCCCUGGUGCCAUCCCGGAGCCCUGGCUGCAAUUCCAGCUCCCAGUGGAGCCAGACGGGACGUGGUCACUGGGAGCUGCCCCAGGGACCCCCGAGGAUUCAGAAGGACCCCCAAGGCCCCUUCCCCUCCCUUGCUGGACUUGCCAUGGAUUUGGGAUGCAGGGAUAAUGUGGUGUCUGUGUCCUGCCAUCAGCUCCAGAUGGAUCCCAGCUCCAACCUGGGCGUCGGAUGUGUCCGAGCAGGAGAGAAACUGGGCUUGAAAGCACCGAAAAAAUGGGUUAUCCCUCUUUUUCUGCUUGAAUAGAACUAAUAUUUAAUACCAAAUAUUUUAUUAUUUAAGGUGUAAUUUAAAAUAAAAACUCCCUGGCCUGUAAAUAUUUUCCCCUUGUGGAAUAUAAAUAUUCCUCUGAUGAAUUUUGAGGGUUUUUUUGCAAUGAAAAAUGAUUUUCCAGCCCAAACAGUCCCAGAGAAAUCCUUGAAGAGCUUUUCCUUCUUAAAAUUGUUCAUCCCUUCCGUUGCAGCCGAUGCCAAGAGCAGAGAACGCCGGGAAUAUUGUAUGGAAUUGACACCCUCUGGCCUCGGCCUGGUUUGGGUCAGGCUUUCCCUGGUCAGGGUCGGCAUUUUCCUAGUUUAUGUUGGACCUUCCUUGGCUGGGGUCAGGAUUCCCAUGGUUGGGAUCGGCCUUUCCCUGGCUGGGAUCACAGGAGGCACACAGGGAAGGACUCCUGGCGUUGGAGCUGGGUGGGUGCAGCCGGAUUCCGGAGUAUCCCGGUGCUGCACGUGGAUUUAUGGCCAAUUUCUGAACAAGACCUGACCCCCCACACCACUCCGUAGCCAUUUUCCCAGCAUCCAUGGGAGUGACAGCCUUUCCCAGGGCUUUCCCAUUUGGCUGAGUCCAGCAGGACUCCAGGGUUGGACUGUGAGAUGGACAAGGAGAGACCUUGGGAUUAAAAGCAUCCUUGGGAUUCCAGGGAGGAAAAUGGUUUCUUCCUCCAGCAGGAGCAUCCCAGGGGUGAGGGAUCUGUGGGAAGAGGGCUGGGAUUCUGCUGGGAUACUGCUGGGAGAGGCAGGAGCAUCCCGAGGGCGAGGGGUGGUGGCUCCGAGCGCUGGGAGCGUGUCCCGGCUCCUCCCUCCCUCCCUCCGCCCCAUCCUGGUUGUUGCUGUAAAUAGGGACUAUUUAUAUAAAUAUAUUCCAGAGGUUUCUAAAGUCCCCCGAAUCCUGUUUUCCUCAGAGCUUUUGGCUUUGCCGAGAACUCCUCGAGCAGGAGAUUUGCACCUUCCAAGGGCGUCGGUACAAACGAGCCCAGUCCGACCCACCGCGGGUACUGGGCGGGGCCGGGAAUUCCGGGGGAAUUCCAGGGGGCCGAGGGCUGAGAAUGGAACGACUCGUUCCCUUUUUUUACCCCCGUUCCCGUUUUCCCCGGGCCGGAGCAGCCCCAGGGUGUCCCUGGCGUUGGCCUCGGGCUCACGGAGCAGGUCGUGGAUUUUCCCUUUCGUUCCUUGUCUCUGUCUUUGCCUUUCGUGUCCGACCCGGGAGCGACGGCGGUUGGGAGGAGUUUGGGUGGAAAGGCCGAGUUUUAUGGACAUUUUUCUGGAUCUGAUGUUUUCCAAACCUUUUCUUUAUCCCACGCCAAGUCCUGGCACGGGAUCUGCUCCAGGCGGUCGUGGAGUGGGUGAUAUCCAUGAUAUCCGUGAUCCUCCCCCCAGUCUCCAGGGCUCUGGGGGGGUUGUGCAGGGGGAAUCUGCUCCGAGGAAUCCCCACAAAUCCCUCCGUAGGCUCCUCACCCGUCCACUCGGACACGGGGGAGUAUUCCCGAUUCGUUGCUGUUCCGUUGGAGCUUCCGGAGUGGCAUCUCCAGGGCUUUCCGUCCUUCCCAGGGGUUUGUUGGGCUCGGGCUCAGUGGGAACGUUCGGCUCUUUGACUGUUAAGCACAAACCAGGGAUUGAGGGCCCAUCCCCCAGGAAAACCCUCCGGCUGAGGGACCCGAAAUUCCCGUUCAAACUGAAAAUGAACCAAAACUGGUGGGGUUUUAAGUUGUUCCUGGUUUCUGGGAGAGUUGGAGGCUCUGGGAACACAGGGGUGCCUGGGAGCUGCCAGGUAGCUCCGGAGGGAGCAGAUUCCAUCCGGGAUGGUCCAUGGCCAUCCCAGGGCACCCGUGGCCAUGCUCAGUUCUUGGCCUUGGCUCAUUCUGGGAUAAGCCCUUGGGAAUGGCCCCCUCUGCCAUCCCCGUGUCCCAGCUGAGGCAGAGCUAAUUCCAGGCUGUGGGAUGUGAGGUGGAGCCUUUCCUGAGGACUGGAGACCCCAUAAAUCCAGGAAUCCCAGCAGGGGAAGGCGUUGCUGCCGUGGGGAUGGGGAUCCAUGGAUUUGGGAAUGUUGCAGUGGUGGUACCAGGCCCAGGUUUUCAGUGUCGCUCCACAGCUCCUUUUCCCACUCUUCCCAAAAUCCCGUCGUGGUGUCCGGAGUUUCCCUGGAAAUCUGCCGGGCGGGGCCGUCCCGAGGGAGGGGUUUUCCUGGUGGGAAGAGCGAGUCGGGGGGCACUCGAUGCCUUUCCUGCCGUGCCGGGCUGUGCUCUGUAAAGCAAUAAAACCACGGAGCGGCCCCGAGGGAGGGAAAUCCCGGGAGCUGAUCCCGAAUCCCGGGAGCUGAUCCCGAAUCCCAGGAGCUGAUCCCGGGAGCUGAUCCCGGCCUGCUCCAGGCGACCUCUCCAGCGGGAAGGGGCAGCACAGGGGGUGCCCCCGGGGGUCCUUAAUUAGUGCAAUGACGUGGGGGAGCCUUUUCUCAUGAUGCCAACUGCCCUUAAAUGUUGAAUCCGGGUCUUUGUAAGCAAUGUCUGUGUAUUAUGUGUAUAUAUGAGGGACAAAUUUUAAAUUACUGCCUUUUGCCCUGUUUAUUUUUCUGAGUAAUUCCAGAUGUACUUUAGUCUCUCUACUGUCAAAACUUUUAUAUUGUAAAUCUGAUGCUGGUGGCUUUUUGGUUAUUUUGGUUUUUGGUUUGGAUUUUUUUUUUGUGGGUUUUUUUUUUCUUUUUUUUUUUUUUUUUUAAAAAAGCAACGAAAAAACACAAGAAAAAAAAAGAAAAAGGAAAAAACAACAAAAAAAGUCUGCAUCUCUCUAUGUUGUCAGUUUUAGGCUGUAAAUUCCAACUAUCAAUAAAAGCUCAAAAUUCA